GUUCCACUACGCGUGCUGACAGAAAAAGAAGAACUAGCCUAAGUGGCAUUCCCAAAAAUAACGAAACCGAAACGAAAGCGAAUAUAUAAGAUAAAAUCUCUGGUGCAUCAUCAUCUCAAAUCACUAACGACGACUGAACAAUCAAGUACUGAUAUUCAAACAGAGAUGUUUCGGCGGUGUCUGACUCCUUUUUGCAUCCUCAUCCUGCUGUGUAUGGUUUCUACAUAUAACUCUACUCCUCUUGGCCACAGAGGAGCGCUGUCCUUCAGCAAUUCACUGCGCCUCACGCGCACUAUUCGAGCCCGCGUCCAACAACUGAUUUCCCAAUACAAACAACAGGUGUUUGGUGGCGAGCUCUUUGAAUACGGAGACCUGAAGCUGAGCACACUACCCGCAGUUACUGUCACUUAUCAGACCUGGCUACACAUGCAGGACACUGAGCGUUUGCGUUUGGCCUCUCACUACCUCCAAACUUUCUGGACUCACCUGGAACGUCAAAGGCAGCAGUUUGAGAGAGAAAGAGAUGCGACAAAUGAAAGAAGAGAACAGAGAAGAGACAAACGAGGAAGGCCACAGCCCACCUUGAGCCAAAGUUUUGUGGGUCUGCAAAUCGAUCUGCGGGACCUGAUGAGACAAGUCAACUCUCAGUUGAGGAGUAUGACACAGGUGUCUGCAUCUACAAAAUCUCCACUUCUUCAUCACCUACGCUCCACUUCAUCUUCCAGUCCUACUCCCAGCAUGCAUCAUUCCAGAGACAGCACCAAGAAGCUCCAGACCCCAAGUCCCACUGAUAACUCUCGCAGCUCCGCACACUCCACUGUACAAUCAUCUCAGACCUUGAACUCCGCCGACAGAGGAUUUAUUUCAACAACGGAGAAGACCACUGUCGGCCUCUCGCAACCCACCCUGGCAUCAACUGUGGAGACCCAGACGACAACAGCAGCAGCAGCGUCCCUUUGGAUUCAGCAUCUGAGAGGAUAUGUGAUACUGAGAGAUCUAGAACGGUACUUGAGCAGAUUGGCAAGAGAUUACACCGUGCUCCAAACUAAAUACUGAAAAACAUGCACAAUCAAAUCUAGAAAAACCUUAAAAAAGAAAAACCAAGUAUUGGACAAACACAGAAUUAGAUUAUAAAACACAACCAAGGAAAUACAUAAUUGAAUACACUAACAUUCAUAUCCAUAAACAACUUCAUGUCACAGUUGCUGUUUACCUUGCUCAUUGACUGCUGUUUUAUUUAUUAGAAUAAUUUAUUACAAUUUUUUAUUUACUGAUUGUUUACAAGUGACUGGACAUAUAAUGUUUUUUUUUUUUUUAUCUACAUUUCAGUAUUUUAUAUUUAAUGAGUAUUUCCAUGUAUGUGAUAAGUCAGGGGAGUGAGCACAUGGCAGCUAGUGUAGGUUAUCAUGAGAUUGCCUAAGCAGUGUUAUUUGUCCAGCAAGUAUUUUUAUAUUAUACAAUAAUUGUAUUAAAUGUCAGCAUCAUUUAAGCAAGCACUUUAAACAAACAUUACAUGUUUUGUAAGUAUUAGACAAUUUUUUUUACUGAAACAAAAAAGGUUAGUCAGCAAUUCUAGAAAAUCAAAAUUCCCCAAACACCCCACUUCCCUCCUUCACUGAUAAUCAGCAAAUCAGAGGUCAGACUGAGAUUAACUUUACAUCCCCUUUUCUUUGUCAUUCCCCUGUACUUUCCACCUUGUCUUAUUUAUUUAAGUUAUUUAUUUUUAUUUAUGUGAAAUGUGUGCCAAAACCCUUUUUUCAUACAAUAUUUAUUGUUUAUAAAUAAGUGCAAAGUGAAAUGUUUUGUACAAUCAUGUUUACUGAAUUAAAUGACUGAGAAGCA